AUGGCGGGCUCUCUCGGCGAGAGCGCCCUGUCCGUCUUUGACGUCUGGGAAGACGCUCGGGACUUUCUGGCAGCCGUCUUUGAUUCGAAAACCAUUCCCGAGAACGAGCGACAAAGGCUCCUCGGAUUGAGCCUCAUCACGGGAGCUCAGAACUGGCAUUCGUCCAUUGAAUGUGCGGGCUCGAUUCGACGCAAACAUCCGCAUGAUCCGACAAGCCUCGAGGGCAGCGACAUCCUCACAUACUUGGCAUUCAUCGUGCCUGAAGCACCACAGUGUGGUCCUCCAUCCUCGCAGCCGUGGCAAGAGACCGACCGCCUCAUCGCUCACGCCAAGUCGCUGGAAACGCAGCCAUACAUCGGAACUCCGCCGCCUUUGUCAUCUCGUACUUCGUCUGCCGAAAAAAGCCAAAUUCGUCGUUCAAAAAAGCAGCCCUCGAAAUCACGGCACACAUCUCACUACUGGCACGAAAACGACACGCCACAGCUGUGCCCCGGGCCACAACACGCUCACGGGGCAAUCUAUCCAGAGAGGCUCGUUGCCGAAUGGAGGAGACGACACAGUGUCGGCCAAUCACCAGACGCCCGGCUGGCCCAGCUCAACAGUCUUGAUAGCAGCCAAAGGUUGGGCGGUUGGGACACCAGUGACUUUGUCAAUGGCACGUCAGCCGGCUACUGGUCUACGCAGGUCAUCACGGGACCGCAUGGCCAGUUCGUGUCUCCGUACUUCUCGGCACAAGCUCAAGGACCGCCGAAGCGUGCCUUGGCAGGCAAGGUGUCGUGUGUCCCCUUUCCGCCUCUGACAGCGCCGGCUUUCGGCAUCGUUCAGGAACGAGUCGCCCAUGAGCCUUUCUGGCUCCUGAUUGCUGUCACGUUCCUGAUCAAGACAAGCGGGCAGUUGGCGAUACCAACGUUCAACAAGGUCAAGGAGCGGUUCCCCACGCCUCUUCAACUCGCCAAUCCGGCCAACGCUGAAGAGCUCGCUGGCAUGAUUCGUCAUUUAGGCCUCUCGGCUGUGCGAGUUGGGUACAUCCAAAAGUACGCAAGGGCAUUUCUCGACAACCCACCGCGGCCGGGUGUACGAUAUAAAGUUAGAAACUACGAUAGGCGAGACGUCGGGCGACCGUCCGUGGGCACCGAGAAGCCUCCGCAGUGGCAGAGCACAGACCGCCCUCGGCCCUCUGCGAGCGAUGACGAUGCGGACGCGUGGGAGAUUGGACACAUGACCCAGGGCAAGUAUGCCAUUGACAGCUGGCGAAUCUUCUGCCGCGACGCGAUGCUGGGUCGAGCAGAGGAUUGGAACGGCGGCGGCCGCGAGCCCGAGUUCCAGCCUGAGUGGAUGAGGGUCAUGCCGCAGGACAAGGAGCUCCGCGCCUUUCUGAGAUGGAUGUGGAUGCGCGAGGGCUGGGAGUGGGAUCCCGCAACGGGCGAUCGCAUUGUCCUGAGUGAAGAGCUGAGGAGCGCCGUGGACGAGGGCAGGGUCGAAUAUGACGAGACGGGAGGGCUGCGCAUCCUCGACGAGCCUCGUGGCUUCUGA